GGAACAUAUGUCGUACUGAUCAUGAACACAUACUAAACAGACGAUCUGGAUAGACAGGAGAAAACAAAGAAGUAUAGGUUAUUGGCUAUAUAUAUAGCUGUGCUGUUGUCCAAUGUAACAGCAGUGUAGGCAACGCUGGAUUACCGUCUGCGAUUACUGUAGCCGGAACAUUGUCAGUAUGGAUAAUACUUCAUUACUGUAUGGAUUUACAGCAAAAUCAAACACCAAAGAUGAAUCAAAUAUCAUGAUUUUAGCAAAGGAGAUUCAUGUUUUAAUUCUCAGCAAACUUGACGGAUUAUCAUUAGCUAGGGUGCAGAAAGUGUGUAGACUUUGGUAUGAUAUUGUGGAUGAUUUUGAAAAGUACUUUCAUGUCUGGCUUCGAUGUUGCCUGACAGAAAUUUCUACCUGUGAUAUCGUAGAAAUAUCUGGACUGCUAGAAAUUGAUGAGAGUGAUGAUUUAUUAGCUACAGCGGACAAUUUGAAGAAAUUACCCACAAUAUUUUGGAGAGAAGUCUACGCUGAAUAUCAUAGAAAUAACUUUAUCAAGAACAAGAGGAAAAAAGUGAAAAAGAUAGAAUACCCAAAAUGCUAUGGAAUGAUCACAGCUUUGAAGUUGAAAGAUAAUGUCCUUUUAAGUGGACAUGAGGAUGGCAGGGUAAUAUCCUGGGAAAACAUUGAUGUGUGCAUCAAGAAUACUACACUCCACCAGCAUCAGAGGAUGGUUACAGAUCUGGCUGUCACUCGGGCUGGUUUGACAGUAAAUCACCUCCUAUUGGGCAUUAAUGACAUGUUUGUCAUCUCAACUUCCAAGGAUUCCUCUCUCAUCCUCAAUGACAUGACAACAGAGCAGUCCACCAAAAUCUCUUACUUCAGCAAACAAGUGAACUCUGUCAGUUGUAGUGGCCUAACAUUUGUGGCAGCAGCCAACUGUAGCUUCCUUCAGGGACAUCCUGUGUGGGAUAUAGACUAUCGCCGGGAGCUAAAGGCUAAACUCCGGUGUCGACAGGACUUGGCUGGCCAGGAGUCAACCAACAUACUCGCAGUCGCUCUACAUCGAAACAAGGUGCUGGCAAGUGAUGAUAUUGGUAACUUAUUUCUGUACAAAGGGACCGAUCAAAACAGAAAUUGUAAACAGGACCGACCUGUUAUCUUGUGUGUAUUUGGAGCAGCAGUCAAAACUAUCCUUUUCCGUGAUGAUAAAGCAGUAUGUCUGACAGAUGAUGGCAUGCUUUGUGUUUCCCUGGAUCUGAAGGAAUUCAAACAACACAAUGUGUACGAAGCCAUAAAUGUCAUUCCAGAGUGUAUUGCCUGGAGAGUCAACAUCUUAGUAAUCGGGGCCAAGUCUGGUAAAGUUUUCCUGUACCUAGUGAAGGAGGACAAAGACCUGUUCAACAUAGACUUAUCCAGGCCUGUAGCUGUUUAUGAUACAGAUUCAGAACAUGUUAACUCUGUCGCCAUUGGAGACGAUGGCAAUGGACCGGUGCUAGCUAUUGCUACAGAACAUAACUUCAUCACUUUAGUCAGGUGGACAAGAUGAAAUUAUAACUCGGGUGAGAUGGACAUUUAAGCGCAUUCCAGUCUGACAGACACACUGCAUUUUAUUAUUCCUAGUGAGAUGGACACUAAAGCUGACUCUAGACUGACAGACACAGUGCAUUUUAUCAUUCCUAGUGAGAUGGACACUAAACAUCACUCCAGUCUGACAGACACACUGCAUUUUAUUAUUCCUAGUGAGAUGAACACUAAAGCUCAUUCCAGUCUGACAGACACAGCACAUUUUAUCCUUCCUAGUGAGAUAGACACAUAAACUGCUACUCCACUCAGUCAGACGCAGCAGAAUUAAUUACUCUUCCAGUUAGAGACUGUGAAUUUAUCAUUCUUGUUAGAUGCAAAGUGAAGCUUCUAGAUGGACAUUUAAGCUACUGGUCCAGAUAGAAAGUGAAUUAUAAUAUUCUAGUAAAAUAGACACUGAAGCUAUUAUCCUAGUCAGACAGACAGCGACUUUUAUCACAUCCUGUUAGAUGGAAACUGAAGCUUUUAGUGAACACUGAAGCUAUCACUUGGUCAGAUGGAUAUGUUUAGCUGAUUAUUCUAGUCAUAUGGUAUUAGUAAGCAUUGCUUUGGCCAAACAGCAUAGUUACUGGGAGUAUAGGCAUAGUUUUUGAAUUGAUAUUCGUUUUAGAAACAUCUGAAAAUUGGCAAAAUAAUCAUCAAACCGGUAAUAUUGAUCAUUUUUAAUCUACAUGUAAAGUUUUAUUUUUUAAUUUUUUAAUAUUUUUGAAAAUAUACUAGAUGUAUAUAAACUAUUUGACUUACUUUUUUCCGUGCAAUUUGAUCUGGAUUUGAAGAACAGAUCUCAUGUUUCGUCAGUUUAUCCCAGUACCAAGUAACUUGUUGGACAAUAUAUGUGCAAUACAAAGCAGGCAAAACCUUCAGAGUUUAGAGAUCAAGGACUGCUUCAUAUUUGUUAAUGGAGUCAUAUGUUUGUGAACAUAUCACAUUACAUUUCCUCUAAGAAAAGGAACAGUGGAUAUUUAAUUAUUUAUGUGUUUAUAUGUUGCCAGAAAAAUAAGUGAUUUGAGAAAGUGUGAGAUUUAGUGUUUUUACUUUUAAAAACAAGAUGUUUAUUUGUAGACUCUUAGAUUUUAAAGGAUUUUUAAUAUUUUUUUUUUCAAGUGCCUGAAAAUGUAAUGCCACUAUAUAUUUAUCCUGUAACAAGCCCAGGGGACCUACACAUAAACUUUGACACAAUGUAAGUGAUGGGCCCAACACAUAAACUUUGACACAAUGUAGGGGAUGGGCCCAACACAUAAACUCUGACACAAUGUAAGGGAUAGGCCCAACACAUAAACUUUGGCACAAUGUAAGUGAUGGGCCCAACACAUAAACUUUGGCACAAUGUAAGGGAUGGCCCAACACAUAAACUUUGGCACAAUGUAGGGGAUGGGCCCAACACAUAAACUUUGGUACAAUGUAAGGGAUGGGUCCAACACAUAAACUUUGGCACAAUGUAGGGGAUGGGCCCUACACAUAAACUCUGACACAAUGUAAGGGAUGGGCCCAACACAUAAACUUUGGUACAAUGUAAGGGAUGGGUCCAACACAUAAACUUUGGCACAAUGUAGGGGAUGGGCCCUACACAUAAACUCUGACACAAUAUAAGGGAUGGCCCCUACACAUAAACUCUGACACAAUGUAAGGGAUGGGCCCAACACAUAAACUUUGGUACAAUGUAAGGGAUGGCCCAACACAUAACCUUUGGCACAAUGUAGGGGAUGGGCCCAACACAUAAACUUUGACACAAUGUAGGGGAUGGGCCCAACACAUAAACUUUGGUACAAUGUAAGGGAUGGGUCCAACACAUAAACUUUGGUACAAUGUAAGGGAUGGGUCCAACACAUAAACUCUGACACAAUGUAAGGGAUGGCCCCUACACAUAAACUUUGGCACAAUGUAAGGGAUGGCCCAACACAUAAACUUUGGUACAAUGUAAGGGAUGGGUCCAACACAUAAACUCUGACACAAUGUAGGGGAUGGGCCCAACACAUAACCUUUGGUACAAUGUAGGGGAUGGGCCCAACACAUAACCUUUGGCACAAUGUAGGGGAUGGCCCCUACACAUAAAUUCUGACACAAUGCAGAGGAUGGGCCCAACACAUAAACUUUGGCACAAUGUAGGGGAUGGGCCCAACACAUAAACUUUGGUACAAUGUAAGGGAUGGCCCAACACAUAAAUUCUGACACAAUGCAGGGGAUGGCCCCUACACAUAAACUUUGGCACAAUGUAGGGGAUGGGCCCAACACAUAAAUUCUGACACAAUGCAGGGGAUGGGCCCAACACAUAAACUUUGGCACAAUAUAAGGGAUGGGCCCAACACAUAAAUUCUGACACAAUGCAGGGGAUGGGCCUAACAAAUAAACUUUGACAUAAUGUAGGGGAUGGGCCCAACACGUAAACUUUGGAUUAAUAUGAUUUUAGACACUUUUAAUUAGAAUUUCAAAUUUGCUGAACUUACUUGUGCUUGCUGUCUGACGUCAUAAUGUUAUGACAUUUGAUGUACUGUGACAACAUUGACAAGCAAAAAAUACCAAACCUAUGGAUAGUUUUUGUUACACAUUACUUCAUACCAGUAGGCAUUCCUAAAUCUGAUAAUACUUUGUAGUUUGUGAUAUGAAACUGACCAGUUGCCAAUGGUGAUCAAUGGAAAUACAUCUUGUCCAUCCUUUUGGUAUCACAUCACCAUGAAAAGAUGCCAUUAUAGUGCAA